UCCGCGGCCACCGCCAGCCGAGGGGAGCGUCGCUAGCAGAUGCCGCGGGGGCCGCUUGCAGCCGCCGCCGACUUGUGAAUGGGACCCGGACUGGGGCCGGGGCUGACACCGCUGCGCUCGCCCUGCGCCAGGGACCGACGGCCGGAGCUCGCGCCCACGCUCCAGGGCCCCAGAAAUCACUGUAUUUUUGGCUCUGUGGCCCCGUGACACUCAUUCCUGUCGCCAUUUGUUGAGUGACCAAUCAGAUGGGUGGAGUGUGUUACAGAAAUUGGCAACAGGUAUCCAAUGGGUGAAGAAGAAGCCGCCUGGGGAAGUGGGCAGGCCUGACGUGAUGUGCUCAGCGAGCAGAGACAUUCCACUCCAAGAGAGGUCUGUGUGACGCGUCUGGGAGGCCAUCAUUGGCCGCAACACCUCACGGUUGGUGGAAGAAGGGGUGACAGCCGCAUUCUCCUGUGCCUACCACGUAACCAAAAAUGAAGGAGAACUAUUGUUUACAAGCCGCCUUGGUGUGCCUGGGCAUGCUGUGCCACAGCCAGGCCUUUGCCACGGAGCGGCGGAGCCACCUGCGACCCUCGUUCCACGGACACCACGAGAAGGGCAAGGAGGGCCAGGUGCUGCAGCGUUCCAAGAGAGGCUGGGUCUGGAACCAGUUCUUUGUGAUAGAGGAGUACACCGGGCCUGACCCCGUGCUCGUGGGCAGGCUUCAUUCCGAUAUUGACUCUGGUGAUGGGAAUAUUAAAUACAUUCUCUCAGGUGAAGGAGCCGGAACCAUUUUUGUGAUUGAUGAUAAAUCAGGGAACAUUCAUGCCACCAAGACAUUGGACCGAGAGGAGCGAGCCCAGUACACGCUGAUGGCUCAGGCAGUGGACAGAGACACCAACCGGCCGCUGGAGCCUCCCUCAGAAUUCAUCGUCAAGGUCCAGGACAUUAAUGACAACCCUCCUGAGUUCUUACACGAGACCUACCAUGCCAACGUGCCCGAGAGGUCCAACGUGGGAACGUCAGUAAUCCAGGUGACAGCUUCAGAUGCAGAUGACCCCACCUACGGAAACAGCGCCAAGUUAGUGUACAGUAUUCUGGAAGGACAACCCUACUUUUCAGUAGAAGCACAGACAGGUAUCAUCAGAACAGCCCUUCCCAACAUGGACAGGGAAGCCAAGGAGGAGUACCACGUGGUGAUCCAGGCCAAGGACAUGGGUGGACACAUGGGUGGACUCUCAGGAACAACCAAAGUGACGAUCACGCUGACCGAUGUCAAUGACAACCCACCAAAGUUUCCGCAGAGCGUAUACCAGAUGUCUGUGUCAGAAGCAGCUGUCCCCGGGGAGGAAGUGGGAAGAGUGAAGGCUAAAGACCCAGACAUUGGAGAAAAUGGCUUAGUCACGUACAAUAUUGUUGACGGAGACGGUAUGGAAUUGUUUGAAAUCACAACGGACUAUGAAACACAGGAGGGCGUGGUGAAGCUGAAAAAGCCUGUAGAUUUUGAAACCAAAAGAGCAUACAGCUUAAAGGUAGAGGCAGCCAACGUGCACAUCGACCCCAAGUUCAUCAGCAACGGGCCCUUCAAGGACACCGUGACAGUCAAGAUUGCAGUGGAAGAUGCUGAUGAGCCCCCCAUGUUCCUGGCCCCAAGUUACAUCCAUGAAGUCCAAGAAAAUGCAGCCGCUGGCACCGUGGUUGGGAGAGUACAUGCCAAAGACCCUGAUGCUGCCAACAGCGCGAUAAGGUAUUCAAUCGAUCGUCAUACUGACCUCGACAGGUUUUUCACUAUUAAUGCAGACGAUGGUUUUAUUAAAACUACGAAACCUUUGGAUAGAGAGGAAACUGCCUGGCUCAACAUAUCGGUUUUUGCAGCAGAAAUCCACAAAGUGCAUCAGGAAGCCAAAGUCCCAGUGGCCAUUAGGGUCCUUGAUGUCAAUGAUAAUGCUCCCAAAUUUGCUGCCCCUUAUGAAGGCUUCAUCUGUGAGAGUGAUCAGACCAAGCCUCUUUCUAACCAGCCAAUUGUUACAAUUAGUGCAGAUGACAAGGAUGACACGGCCAACGGACCAAGAUUUAUCUUCAGUCUACCCCCUGAAAUCAUUCACAAUCCAAAUUUCACAGUGAGAGACAACAGAGAUAAUACCGCAGGGGUGUACGCCCGGCGUGGAGGGUUCAGCCGGCAGAAGCAGGAUUUGUACCUCCUGCCCAUCGUGAUCAGUGAUGGUGGAAUCCCGCCCAUGAGCAGCACCAACACCCUCACCAUCAAAGUCUGUGGGUGCGACGUGAACGGGGCGCUGCUCUCCUGCAAUGCUGAGGCCUACAUCUUGAAUGCUGGCCUGAGCACCGGGGCACUGAUCGCCAUCCUUGCCUGCAUCGUCAUUCUCCUGGUCAUCGUAGUGUUGUUUGUGACCCUGAGAAGACAAAAGAAAGAGCCACUCAUCGUCUUUGAGGAAGAAGACGUCCGUGAGAACAUCAUUACCUAUGAUGAUGAAGGGGGCGGGGAAGAAGACACAGAAGCCUUUGAUAUCGCCACCCUCCAGAAUCCUGAUGGUAUCAAUGGAUUUAUCCCUCGCAAAGACAUAAAACCCGAGUAUCAGUACAUGCCUAGACCCGGGCUCCGGCCAGCGCCCAACAGUGUGGAUGUGGAUGACUUCAUCAACACUAGAAUACAGGAGGCGGAUAAUGACCCGACUGCCCCUCCUUAUGACUCCAUCCAAAUCUACGGUUACGAAGGCAGGGGCUCGGUGGCCGGGUCGCUGAGCUCCUUAGAGUCUGCCACCACAGAUUCAGACUUGGACUAUGACUACCUACAGAACUGGGGACCUCGUUUUAAGAAACUAGCAGACUUGUAUGGUUCCAAAGACACUUUUGAUGACGACUCUUAACAAUAACGAUACAAAUUUGGCCUUAAGAACUGUGUCUGGCGUUCUGAAGAAUCUAGAAGAUAUGUAAACAGGUAUUUUUUUAAAUCAAGAAAAGGCUCAUUUAAAACAAGCAAAGUUUUACAGAGAGGAUACAUUUAAUAAAACUGCAAGGACAUCAAAGUGGUAAAUACUGUGAAGUACCUUUUCCCACAAAAAAAGGCAAAUAUUGAGGUUGUUUAUCAACUUCUAGAGAAAAACCACUUGGCAUACAAAAUGUUUAAGUGAAGGAGAAGUCUCAUGGUGAACUUACAAUGAAGGGAAAUUGUUUAUGUGUUAUGAACAUCUAAGUCUUUCUUUCUUUUUUUUUUUAAUUUGUCAAAGAAGCUUCCACAAAAUUAGAAAGGACGACAGUUCUGAGCUGUAAUUUCGCCUUAAACUAUGGACACUCUAUAUGUAGUGCAUUUUUAAACUUGAAAUAUAUAAUAUUCAGCCAGCUUAAACCCAUACAAUGUAUGUACAAUACAAUGUACAAUUAUGUCUCUUGAACAUCAAUCUUGUUACGCUGAUUCUUGUAAAUCUUUUUGCUUCUACUUUCAUCUUAAACUAAUACGUGCCAGAUAUAACUGUCUUGUUUCAGUGAGGGGCGCCCUAUUUCUAUGUCAUUUUUAAUGUAUCUAUUUGUACAAUUUUAAAGUUCUUAUUUUAGUAUACAUACAAAUAUCAGUAUUCUGACAUGUAAGAAAUGUUACGGCAUCACACUUAUAUUUUAUGAACAUUGUACUGUUGCUUUAAUAUGAGCUUCAAUAUAAGAAGCAACCUUUGAAAUAAAAAAAGAUUCUUUUUUAAUUCUG